GCCUGUGGCAAUCACGUGAUCAAAGUGGCUGCCGAGCAGAAGAGUUACAGCCAUUUUGGUUUUGAAGAUGGCGUCGUCUGAUAUUAUUACAGAGGUGGAAAUACAUCCAGAUAUUCAGGAAGUUGAAAUUGAAGCAAUACCUGUAGAAAUUCCUUGUGAAACUGUGGAAACAACAAUAGACGGUGUGGAAGGACAGCCUAUGAUUGCAUUACAGCCUCUACCAGAGCCUGGACGUGAGGAAGUUAUUUUACAAACACAAGAAGAAAUUGUAGGUAGUGGGGACCCUUUAUCAGUUUAUGAUCAAAUACCAGUUCCAUCAGAAAGUGAUAUUUACAUUGAGUCAAGCCCAGGACCAUCUAGAAGAGGAAGCCGUAAAACAAGGAGAGGUGGGAAAAUGCGUGGAAAUGAACAUGUUAUCAGCGAGAUCGCAGAAACGAAAACUCGCAAGUGGGAGCAAAAACAAGUACAGAUUAAAACUUUGGAGGGUGAAUUUUCCGUUACGAUGUGGGCUUCAGGAACCGAUGAUGAUGAAGGAAGUAAUCCGGAGCCUGAUCCUGAUUAUGAAGAAUAUAUGACAGGCAAAAGAAUUCCACCGGAAGGGAUCCCUGGUCUUGACUUGAGUGAUCCAAAGCAGCUUGCAGAAUUUGCAAGGCCUGGCCACAAGAUGAAAGUGAAGAAACAGAUGAGUGAUGGAGUUGACAGGACAAUAGCAUGUCCACAUAAAGGAUGCACCAAAAUGUUCCGUGAUAACUCUGCGAUGCGGAAACACCUUCAUACUCAUGGGCCUCGUGUUCAUGUCUGUGCCGAGUGUGGCAAGGCAUUUGUGGAGAGUUCAAAAUUGAAACGACAUCAGCUGGUUCACACAGGAGAGAAACCCUUCCAGUGUACAUUUGAAGGAUGUGGAAAACGGUUUUCACUGGACUUCAAUUUACGAACCCACGUUCGUAUCCAUACUGGGGACCGUCCAUAUGUAUGUCCAUUUGAUGGCUGCAACAAGAAAUUUGCCCAGUCAACUAAUCUCAAAUCUCAUAUCCUCACACAUGCCAAGGCCAAAUCACGUAAUGCUAUGAGUCGCUCAGUGCCUACUAUUCAUGCACAACCGCUGCAAUCACCACAAUUUGUGCAGGUUGAGGUAUCUGAUGCAGAUAAUCAACAGUUCAUUGUUUAUGCAGACUAAAUACCUCAUUUUCCUUCAUGCCUUAAUAUUGGUUGUUGGGGUAACAUUUCUGCUACCACAUGACUUAUUUUAUUGAGUGUUGUGAAGUUUGACCCGUGCAAGUUGAAGUGAGGCAAGGUGGCAUUUCAAGACCUUCACAGCACUGCUGAUAUUGUGGUGUUUAGUGAAAGAGUUAAAGAAUGUUACUCUUGACAAAAGGUACAAAAACAUUAAGAGCUUACCAUAAGGCUGGCAUAUGAAAGACUGAAAACGAGAACCCUGUUGUUCAUAUGUAAACCAUCCUAAAGGUUGGAAUGGUUGAUGUACAUUUUAACUAAUCUUUUAGUUACAAAGUACUGGAUAUACCUACAAGAAUUAUUGUGUGUAGUGGUGGCCCGUUGUGCCAUGAUAUCGAACUUUAUCCAGAUAAUAACAAACUGUUGAAAAAUACCAUUAUAUUUUUAAAAUCCAGUUUUGUCUCAUUGGUUUGAAAGUGGAAAGUUUCAUGUUCAGCUUUGAAAACAGGACUGUGCAUGGAGUUUGGGUUGUCACCAGAAGCAGACAAGGACCCGGUAGAAUUAAGCCCAGAUACUGUUCUAUCUCAAUAAGGUGGCAAGGGCUCAAUCUAUAAUUUUGUAUUUAUUGUGGACACAUCAUAAGGCAAUUGUGUGCAUUUGGCAACUGUAUUCUGAAUGAAAUAUUAGAUAUGAUCCCUUAAUAUUUUUAAAAAUAAAACAGAAAAUUAUACGAAUUGUUUCCAGCAUUUCCUUUUCCAGAACUUAUUUUCUUUGGUAUUCUGAGACUCUUGUGUGUUUACAUAUAAUUAAAUUUAUGAAUAUUAUAGAGAAGCACAUAGCAGUUAAUUAUGUCCUUUCCAGUGAAUCAACACACAGUGAGAGCAUUUCAUAUUAUGUUUACAAUAGCAAAUUUCUAGUGCUUGUCAUCUUUAUCUACUCAUUGCUGUAGAAAGGUUGUUGAUUUUAUCCCCAUAUAAAUUUGAUACAUUUCAUCUGUUAGAAUAAGGAUAUUAUCCUUAUGAGUGUGCAGUAUAGUGUAACAUAUUUAUUUGAAAGCCACAAGUGCACCAUACUGCCCUUGUGCACUUCCUGGAUAUAUUGCAUUUUCUUCCAGUGAAAUAAUUUGUCAUCUCUUUGCUAAUGAAACUUCAGUUUUUCAGCAGUUGUUUUGGACUGUAGACAUUCAUGUUUUCUCAUGUUACUUAAACCACCAUUUUAAAUGUUUCUGCAAGAGCUGCAUAUUGGCAGAUUGAUGUCAUAUGGCCCAUGUAUCACUUCUGGAAAAAAAAAAUUAUAAUUUAUAAGCUAAAAUUACAUAUCUCACAAGAAUAAAUUAAUGUAAAAGGCAGUCUGUCCUUUGUAUAUUAUGGGCUACACCAGUGCAAAGUCCUGUUGUAAUUAGACUUACUAUAUUGACUCCAGUAGGGACAUGGCUAUGAAAUGUAAAAUUCUGAGUCUGCCUCCAGGAGCGGAAUUCAGAUAAACAUGGUGUUUAAUUCUACAUUUAUGCUUAGCCUUUUCUGUGAUUAAAUGAGAACAGUUAACCUCUCCUAAUGCAACAGAUGAACAGAAUCUAUUGUUUUUUUCAUCUUUAACAUAAAUCAUAUAGUCUCUCUCAUAAGGUGUUUUGGCUGCAAGGAAGGAAUGAUUAAUUGCCCAAGUGCAGGGACACAUGAAUUUUUUUUUAACAAAGGUUUAUUUUCUUGUCUGGUGUAGUUAACUUUUUUUGUGUAGUCAUACCAGUCAUGUGUUAACAAGUCAGUCAGCACUAAAUAUUCUUAAAUAUAUAUAAAAAUAUGUACAUUUCAUUGUUUGCAUUCACUGAUAUGUAUUCAAUAAAUACGUAUUACAAGUACGUUUUGUCUUUCAAGAAUGGUAUCUGGGUGAGUUUAUGUGAAAUCACACAACCUUACCCCCUCAGAUUUUAAUAAAAUUUUGUGAGGUCCAACCUAUCAGAGAGGUGAGUUGCCAUUCCAAUUUUUAGACCUGUAGGUGAAAUACUUCAGUUUUUGGUUUAUUAAUAUUUGAAGUUGUAAAAAAUGACAUUUCAUGACAAUGAGUCAUGCUCAUAAAAUGCUAUAGAUGUGACCCUAAUUGAGGUAGGAAGCUCAAAUUAGUCUCAUUUUAAGGGAAAUUAAUCUUUCCAGUGACAUUAUGCAUUGUAUUUAGAGAGAAAAGGUCUAAUCAUUUAAAUUUUGAAAAGUAUGAUUCUUUUUUAUAUAUAAAUAUAUAUUACACACGUGCUUAUGCUCCAUGUUGUCUGAUUUCAAGUUUGCACUGUUGGAUAGUUGGUGUAAAGUUGAAUGGCUAUACAUGAAGUGAGAUUGGAUGUACUUUUAAAUUUCAUGUGUAAGAAUAAAAAAGAGAGCAAACUAUAACACAUGUAGUGAUAAUAAAAGUGUAUGCAUUGUUACAAAUUAUAAAGAGAGAAUACUGGUGACAAAUAAUGUUAGGAAUAACAAUCAAACUUAAAUAAAAACUGCUUGUGAUUUAAUUACUUUCAUUUUUUAAUAAAAUGUUCAGGCACAUUAUAAAAAUAUCUAGAUUUUUCUAACAUAGAAAUGUCCAUAAUGUGUUACAUCUCCAAAGGUCUUCCCAAGUGUGCCUGGAAAAUUUGGGUCUUGAAUGUAGGGAAGUGUCCUGUAUUUUGGCAACAGGAGUUCUUGCAGGUGCAAGUCUGUUGAGUGAUCAGGCAUUAGGUAAUUCUUUUAGCUCUCCUCCUGUUAGACCAGACAUCAGCAAAUAUUGUUCAAGCCCUGGCACCAUUAUAUAAUUUUAGGUACUUGGUGAUAUUAUUUAUAGGUGUAGUUUUUAUUUCCAUGCAUUAAUGAUUAAACCAUUGAUUCAGUUAAAUAUGAAAUCUUGUUUUGCUGCUGUAGGUGCUAUAGUCCAUUUACUCAUAAUUAAGGUGAUCAUAAUAGCUGUAAAAAUUUACAGAAUGUGUUCCCAUGGAUGACUGAAAAAUUCCACAGUUUAAAACUAGAGCAGAAAUUAUAUGUUAUAAAAUUUAGGUUCAGCAUCCUCUGACAGGACCAGUGCUGUCUUUAAAUGUAAGUCUUGUCAAGAGGUUGGGAGUCAUCCAGUAAAGUAAAGUGGGUUACUGAGGCUUGGCAUUCCAAAAAUAGAUGGUCAAAAUUGAUAAUUUGGCAGCCAAAAAUUGUUCACUUGCCACCAGAGAAAAUACAACCAAAACUCUACUUCAACCGGGUAAUUACAGGUCACAUUCUGUGAGACAGACAAGAGCAUAAGAGUGAUUAUUGUUAACACUUCUCCAUAAAUUCUUAAAUGUGUCAAGCUACAUAAUACAAAAAGCCAAACAAGGUGUUAAAGAGCAAAGCAUCAUGACUGCCAAAUCCAAGACCUGGCAGAAGUUUACAUCAAGCUACAGAUGAUGUACAAAAAUUAAGUAGUGAUGGGAAUGACUGAAUUAUGCUAGAGAAGAUUUUUUCUGCCACAACAAGAAUGACUGAUUUAUGCCAGAGAAGAUUUUUUCUGCCACAGCAAACUUCUGGUGGUUAAGUUGUGCAUAAAUGAAACCAAUGAAAAAAUGAACAACUUUCUUCACCCUUAUGGUCCUUCAUACAUUUUUCCACCUCAUUCGUAAAUUGUGUGGAUUCAUCAGCAGUGCUAAGGCAAAUCCAAGGACUAAUAGAAGAUGUACAUAAAACUUCACUGAUGCUGAAAAUACACAUGUCGGCAACACAGAAAGUAAAUGAACUACUGAACCGUGUGGUUGCUGAAACAUUUUUAACCACCUCUUUUUCAAUAGUCACAUGGAUGCUCUGCUGAAAAUGUUAGCCAAAAAGGCCGAGAAGGCCCAAAAAAAUAUCUUUAAAGGGGAUGAGAAGAAGUGAAAGAGGAAGGAGAA